AUGACUCCUACCAUCCUCGUCGUCGGCGCAACUGGCAACACUGGCAGAAGCGUCGUCGAAACUCUGCCCUCCUUGAUCAAGAAGACAUCUUCCCUCUCCAACCACCACAUCCUCUGUCUCACCCGUUCAGCAUCAAGCGAUGCUGCCAGGGAGCUCGCUAAAAUCCCUGCUGUCGAGAUUGUCGAGCAGAACUGGGUUGAAAUUGACGCGACCUGGCUUCGGGAGCACAAAGUCGAGCGUGUCUUCGUCGCUUCGCACAACGAGCCCAAUCAAUUCGCCGAGGAGGGUCAGUUUUACGCCAACUGCUUGGUAGCCGGUGUGAAGUAUGUGGUUCGCAUUUCCACUACGCAUGCGAACGUCAAGCCGAAUUUCCUUGCGUACUACCCUCGCACGCAUUGGGCGAUUGAGAUGAUGCUCAGUCAGCCCGAGUAUAAAGACCUGGCCUGGACGUCUCUGCAGCCCCAAGGCUUCCUUUCCAUGUUCUUGGGCCCUGCUGCAGAGUUCAUCAAGCAAUACCGCAUGACUGGUGAGCAGAACACCUUGUCCUCCUUGAUCGAUGCCGAUACCCCUUAUGCCCUGGUCGACUCUGGCGAUGUUGGCAUUGUUGCUGGCCACCUUCUCGCUCAAGACGACGUCACACCCCACAACAACAAGAAAUACAUCGUAAAUGGUCCCGAAGACUUUUCAGGCAGAAAGCUUGUUGAGUUGGUCGAGAAGCAUAUCGGUACAAAAGUGGAUGAGAACAAGAUUGUGUUUCAAGACAUGUCCUUUCUCGACCAGAUGGCAAAGGGCCCGCAUUCGAAGAACCUCAUCUAUUCUGUCGAACACGCCCCGAAGAACAACAAGGAUGUCACUUGUAGGGCCGCAGCUACAAGCAAGGAGAUACUUGAGUUGUAUGCGCCUAGGCGCACAGCUUCUGAUGUCAUGAAGGACUUGUUGUCGCAGUAG